AUGGAGAACAUGUGGCACCAGGAUGUAUUAUGGGAAGAAGGCAAGCCGGCGGAGGCAGUGGUGCCUGCAGUAUUUACCUUCAUUCUGGUCUAUAUCCGCUGCAAUAAAAAGGCGCUGGUUUCUGGCUGCACAACCCUAGAUGUUCAACACCUGGAUAGUGAAAAUUGUCUAAGAUGUCCAAACAAUGAAUGGCCCAAUGGAAAGAAGGACCAAUGUAUUACAAAACAUGAAGAUUUCUUAUCGUAUACUAAUGAUGCAAUUGCUGCUGUUCUGUCAUCUGCCUCAAUUCUGUUUUGUCUCGUAACUAUUGUGAUAUUAAUAAUCUUCAUAGUCUUCAGAGACACCCCUAUUGUGAAGGCCAAUAACAAGAAUAUCAGCUUCGUCCUUUUGGUCUCCCUCAUGCUGAGCUUCCUCUCUGUGUUUUUCUAUCUUGGGCGCCCCGUGGAUCUAACUUGCAGGCUACGUCAUACUUUAUUCAGUGUCCUCUUUUCAAUUGCAAUUUCUUCACUUUUGGGCAAAACUGUCAUGAUAUACAUUGUGUUUCAAGCUGCAAAACCUUGCGGUUCGUUGGCAAAUUGGGUCAGUGUGAAAGUGUCAAAUUCCGUAGUUAUCUUGUGUUCGCUCAUCCAAGUUAUAAUUAACAUUUGCUGGUUCUCAAUUUCUCCUCCUUUCCAGGAGCUGGACAUGCACUCUUAUCCCGGAAAGAUCAUCGUUCAGUGUAACGAGGGCUCGGUUAUCGCCUUCUACAGUGUCCUGGGUUAUAUGGGGCUUCUGGCAGCUCUUAGUUUUAUUAUAGCUUUUUUAGCCAGGACAUUACCGGACAGUUUUAAUGAGGCCAAGUACAUCACCUUCAGCAUGCUGGUGUUCUGCAGCGUUUGGAUUGCGAUGAUCCCGGCCUAUCUGAGCACCAAAGGGAAGAACAUGGUGGCCGUAGAGAUUUUUGCCAUACUGGCUUCAUGCGCUGGACUUGUAGGAUGUAUAUUUAUUCCAAAAUGUCACAUAAUUCUCUUCAGACCCAAAAUGAACACAAAGGCAGAUUUUAGGAAAUUCAGAAAGUCUCUAAUUAAAUAAACCAUACACAGAGGCAUUCACUGCCCUACGUAUUGGCUGGUGUAAUGUAAAGUAGUUCAUAGUUUUAUGUACUACCUCCAGUGUAGCAACUAGGAGGGGUGUAAAUUUGGAAGCUGAUUAUACUCUGUGUUUUGAUCACGUACAGGCCAUUUUUCUAAUAGUUAAAACUAAUUUACUGAAUUGGAUGAAAUUUGUGGGUCCACAUUUACUCACACUUGCAUUCUUGUUUACUCUCUGUGACGGGAACAACCUGUACCCCGACUGGGUACACCCGCCAAACGACUCUUUCUUCGCCCAUGGCCACCGGGAACCCCGAAACUUCAACUGUC